CAGUUUAUUUGCUGUGAGUAUGUUAUGAGAAUUGGCAAUGUACUGAAUUAUGAAUGUUUUUCGUUAUUCUCAAUACCUGUUUAACCUACGAAGUAAUUGUAGUGGACGGAGGAAUUUACAAAUUGAUUGGUGUUGGGUUAUUUAAGUCGCGCAGUUGUUUUGUUUGUCUACAUUGUCUCCACUGCCUUGCGUCUAAGUAAACAGAAAACAAAUUAACUGUGUUAUUUUUCUGCUAAAAAGGAACGACUGCAUGCUAAUAAAUCGGCUGGUUGCCAGAAAGCCACACCUUAGUUCAUCAUACCGCUGACACGGACUCGCCCCUCUCGAUAAACUUCUAAAAGAAUAAAUAACAAAGCAAUCCUGUAUUGCCUAUGUGGUGUCAUGGGCCUGAUACUACAGGGCGUAUUUACCUUGCAGUCAAUACCGCACGUCUUUGACACAAUGACUUAACAUCACCAGGCUGCGUUGGUGCGUCUAUACAGUUUCCAAACCUGACAGCAAACAGUUAUCAACUAUAACAACGGGAAAAUAAGCGCUCGACCUGAAUAGGGAAGAACUAUUGCAAAACAGUAACACUCCGCCGCCGAGCAACGCAAGACCUGCACAUUGUGAAGUUUUAAGAACUGACGAUUAUCGAGGUAUAGAUCCAACCAACUACACUGACAUCCCCAGUUUUAGGAAAUAAUUUGAAGCAAAACACUUCUGAAACCAAGCCCAAGGCAGUUGCCAUGGGAACCACAAUGAGCUCGGUGGGCUUGGCCAAUAAGCCACCUGCGCUGCCACCAGUAAAACAAAACAACAAUACGCUAAUACCCACUGCACAAUCUCCUCCGGACUACAAGUUUGAACACUUCACCAAGCUCUGCCAGCAUUAUCAAGAACAGAAGAAAAUCUUACAGGUACAAGUUCGGACCGAAGUACAUAACUGGCAAAAGCUGGCAAAGAACGGUGAUGAAGGAACAGAAUGUCGUGAGAAGAUUCUGGGCUUACUGAGCAAGUUUCGAGAGGCACAGAGACAGCAAGACUUGUUAAUAGAGAAAGAGAAGCUGAGGCUUGACGCAUUCAGAAACUGUAUCAACGAGGACACGACAAACAGAAUAAAAAAAAGAUUAACUUUCUUCCAAAAACUGAACAAACAGCAUGAAGCGCUGUUAGAACACGUGCGGCAGGACAUUCAAGAUUGCAGAAUGAUUUGUAAGAAGUUUAAUGAUUCAAGUGGAAAAUCGAAAGGAUUCGAGACUUGGAUAAAGUGUCCUGCGAGCCCAGCCUAUGACUACGGAAGCAUUGGAAGCUUAUGAGGAUACAAAGAAAAGUCAUAUUCCUCUUGACUUUGGAUUCUAGUGUAAGCUAGCUGGAAGAGUCGGGAUACAGGUCAUAGAGCGC